AUGGCUUCAUCCCCUGUGACUGCUCCGUCUCCACCAUCUCAACAUUCGGGUUCUUCCCCGCCUGAUCCAACAUCAUCAAAUUCAACAUCAGCGCCACCUCCAUCUUUAUCAUCACCCCCACCAGCCCCACCUACAUCACCACCACCAUCCCCACCAGCAUCUUCACCUCCUCCUCUACCAUCAUCCCCUCCCCCGAAAGAAUCUUCUCCAUCACCACCACCGCCAGCCCAAUCUCAAUCCCUAGCCCCAAAAGAACCACCAGCUUCACUUCCUCCACCAGGUGCUCCACCGGCCUCACCCUCACCACCACCUCCAUCAGAAGCACUAUUACCCCCUUCUCUUCCCAAUGCCUCUCCUACACCACCUUCUAGCAAUGGAGGUGUACCCCCAUUGCCUAUCCUUUCUCCACCACCACCUCCUGUAUCUGAUUCUUCUCUAUCGCCUCCAUCUUCCUCCAAGACUUUAUCUCCGCCUCCACCUUCCCACGCACCUUCACACAAGUCAUCAGGCUCCUCAAAUGCAUCUUCAGGCUCCAGCAGCUCACCGUCAUCUGAUUCAUCUUCCUCAAAUGUAAUUAUUGCAGGAGUCGCCAUCGCAGGUUUCGUGAUUCUUGCCUUUGUCAUUGUCUGCCUAACAUGCACGAGGAAGAAGAAGAAACGACCAUAUUAUAUGGAUCCUGCACUUGGACCCAAAGGUGGAGGAUACUACAAUGGUUCGGCAAACUGGAACAGCCCUCAACCUAUGGACCAUGUUGUUCAGCUUCCUCCACCACCGGGAGUGAUGGGAACACCAAUGGGUGGUCCUGGUGGCUGGGCCGCACCACCCCCAGUAAUGACAAGCAGUGAAUAUAGCUCUGGUUAUUCAGGACAACACCAACACCAACACCAACACCAACACCAUACACCAUUGCCACAAUCACCAAACAUGGGUCUUGGAUUCAGCAAGAGCCAAUUCUCCUAUGAGGAGCUGGCUAUUGCCACUGGUGGAUUUUCUCAGGCCAAUCUACUAGGACAAGGUGGAUUUGGGUACGUGCACAAAGGUGUUUUGCCUGAUGGAAAGGAGGUCGCAGUGAAGAGUCUUAAGUCUGGCAGUGGACAAGGGGAACGGGAGUUCCAGGCUGAGGUUGAAAUCAUUAGUCGUGUUCAUCAUAGACACCUGGUAUCACUUGUUGGAUAUUGCAUUGCUGAUGGGCAGCGUAUGUUGGUUUAUGAAUUCGUUGCCAAUAAGACCUUGGAAUUUCACCUUUAUGGGAAGGAUCAGCCAGUUAUGGACUGGGCAACCAGGCUUCGUAUUGCAUUGGGAUCGGCCAAAGGGCUUGCUUAUCUUCAUGAAGACUGCCACCCACGAAUUAUCCAUCGCGACAUCAAAGCUGCUAAUAUUCUUCUCGACAAUAAUUGUGAAGCCAUGGUGGCAGAUUUUGGAUUGGCUAAACUGUCUUCAGACAAUUACACUCAUGUCUCCACUCGUGUCAUGGGAACUUUUGGGUACUUGGCUCCAGAGUAUGCAUCAAGUGGCAAGCUAACAGAAAAGUCUGAUGUUUUCUCAUUUGGCGUCAUGCUCUUAGAACUCAUAACUGGGCGGCGACCUGUGGAUCCCACAAGUAAAUUUAUGGAAGACAGUUUAGUGGACUGGGCUAGACCCCUUCUAACAAAAGCACUGGAGGAUGGUAACUUUGAUGAGCUCGUGGAUCCACGCUUGGAAGGUAACUUCAACCACAAUGAGAUGGCACGCAUGGUAGCCUGUGCUUCAGCCAGCAUUUGUCAUUCUGCUAGAAGGCGCUCGAAGAUGAGCCAGAUAGUUCGCGCACUGGAUGGAGAUUCAUCACUGGACGACUUGAACGAGGUAGUGAAGCCAGGCCAGAGCACUGCCUUCAACGCUAAAGGAACCGCCCAGGCUUACGAUACUGGUGCAUACAAUGCUGACAUGAUGAAGUUCAGGAAAAUGGUUAUGUCAAGCCAGGAAUUUGCAAGCAGCGAAUACGGAGGAACAAGCGAGUAUGGACUCAAUCCAUCGUCUUCAAGCAGCGACUCCAGAGAGAUGGAUCAUUCCGGGCAUCAGAGGCAGAAACUUUAG